GUAAGGAAAGUGCGAGCCAGUCUUGUCCAGUGGUCGGAAUAUGAAGCCGGUGUGUCCAGCAGAUUCGCUUAUCGUCUUGAUUAUUGUGUUUGGGAGUGUCCAGAAAUUAUCAUGGAGCUACGACGAAGUGCCCAUAGGAGGCAUAUUUGACAAGAGAUCUGUCCAGACAUUAACGGCCUUCAGGCACGAGGUGCACCUGUUGAACACGGCCUACAGCGGCAACAGAUUCUUCCGGUACAGGCUGAGGAAUGACACCACGGUGCUGGACGUCACAGACAGUUUCGCCGUCAGCAACGCAUUAUGUUAUCACCUAUCGAGGGGAGGACUGGCUAUCUUUGGAGUAUCCAACGCUACCUCCUUGGCCACCAUCCAGUCGUACACAGACACAUUCAGCGUCCCGUUCGUCAGCAUCAGUAUGCCUCAAAACAACUCCAACAACCAUUCCUACCAGAUCUACAUGCGCCCCAUGUACAUCAACGCUCUGGUGGACGUCAUGUUCCACUACAAGUGGGAGAGAGUUGCCUUCUACUACGACACAGACGAAGGUCUGGUCAGGUUGCAGCAGCUCUUCCAAGUCACCAACAAGUAUGACAAGAUGAUCAUCAACAUUGACACUAAAAGAAUCACCACCGUGGAGAACGGCUACAUCAUGCUGAAAGAACUCCAUUUGAUAGACACGGAGAUGGAGCAUAGAGUUCUACUAGAUCUUAGAAUCGACAAAGCUGAACAGAUUAUAUUAAAAGUUAUGAAUGACAGUGAAAUAAAUAAUGGGAAAUUCCACUUCCUACUGGGAGAUUUAGGUAUGCUCGAGAUGAACCUAACAAAUUUUAAGAUAGGAGGUGUCAAUAUAACAGGUUUUCAAAUAGUGGACCCCUACAAUACCACCUCCGAGCUGUUUCUAUCUACCUGGGCCAAUUUAGACCCAACAUACUGGCCUGGUGCUGGAUCGAAGCAUGUUCAUUAUGAAGCCGCUCUGGCUGCAGAUGCUGUCCGUUUGUUUAACAGUGCCUUCAUGUCAAUAAUAAAGAAAGAUCCUAGUUUUCUCAAGAGGAUGAGAACCACUGGUAAUACAGUGAAAUGCACAGAUGACUCCGAUGUCAAGACAGGUCAUGGGCAUGUUGUAUUGGAAGAAAUGAAAAAGACCAAAUUUGAGGGAGUUACAGGCCAUGUGGCCUUCAACGAAUUUGGCCAAAGAAAAGAGUUUACAUUGGAUGUUUACAAUGUGGCUAUGACCCGAGGAACUGCCAAGAUAGGUUAUUGGAAUGAAAAAGAGGCUAAAUUCAUAGCCCAGAAUCCUCGACUCUUUCAAAGUGACCCAGCUAAUGUAAACAGAACGAGAAUAGUGACAACUAUCAUAAAAGAGCCCUACGUCAUGAUAAGUAAAACCAUCCGGGAUGGUACACCCAAAGUAGGGAAUGAGCCAGUUGAGGGAUUCUGUAUAGACCUAACCAAGGCUGUUGCACAGAAGGUUGGUUUUGACUACAUUAUCCAGUUUGUUAAAGAUGGUAGCUAUGGUGCCUCAUUUCCAAAUGGAACCUGGGAUGGUAUUGUUGGCGAGUUGGUGCGACAUGAGGCUGACAUGGCUAUUGCUCCCUUUACUAUAACGGCUGACCGGUCACGUGUUAUUGACUUCACUAAACCUUUCAUGAGUCUGGGGAUAUCCAUCAUGAUCAAAAGACCCCAGCCAGCUGGGAAACACUUCUUCUCUUUCAUGGAGCCCUUGUCUUCUGAGAUUUGGAUGUGUAUCAUUUUUGCCUACAUUGGGGUCAGCGUAGUCUUAUUUCUUGUCAGUCGAUUCAGGUUCUACAAUAGCUCAACUCAAAAUUUGCUUAGCACUUCUUCCGAUGGUCAAGUCCUGGUCUCUGCUAUUCCCAAUGAGUGGCAUUUAUCAGGCUAUCAACACUCAGUGGCCAAUGAUUUCUCCAUUUCCAAUUCCCUUUGGUUUUCACUGGGCGCUUUCAUGCAACAAGGUUGUGAUAUAUCACCAAGGUCAUUAUCAGGACGCAUAGUUGGUUCAGUCUGGUGGUUCUUCACAUUAAUUAUUAUCUCCUCUUAUACUGCCAACUUAGCUGCUUUUUUGACGGUAGAGAGAAUGUUGACACCAAUUGAGUCUGCAGAGGACUUGGCUAGGCAAACUGAGAUCCAAUAUGGUACCAUCAUGUCAGGAAGCACCAAGGCAUUCUUCAAGAACUCGCAGUUCCAGACAUACCAACGUAUGUGGGCAUACAUGACAUCUGCACAGCCCAGUGUCUUUGUCCGGACACAUGAGGAGGGCAUCCAAAGAGUCAGGCAAUCCAAUGGGAAGUAUGCUUAUCUGACAGAAUCAUUGACUAUCGAUUAUGUCAGCAACAGGAAGCCUUGCGACACAUUAAAAGUUGGCAACAAUUUGAACUCUGAUGGUUUUGGCAUUGGGACACCCCUGGGUUCUGAUUUAAGAGACAAACUAAAUUUUGCUGUGUUGGAAUUACGAGAGAACGGCUACCUAUCACAAUGGGAGAAGCGUUGGUUUGACAAAGGGGAAUGCCCCCCAUACAAUUCAAAUAAGGAAGGAUCUCAGAGUGCAUUGACUUUGGCCAAUGUGGCUGGCAUAUUCUAUAUAUUAAUUGGUGGUCUGGUCAUAGCGGUUUUCUCAGCAGCUGUGGAAUUUUUAUAUAAAUCCAAAAAAGACUCCAGAAACUCAAGGACGUCCUUUAGCUCAUCUUUGAGGUCAAGGGCAAGGCUGUCUUUUAAAGGUCACAUUGAUAAAGAACAAAAAACUGCAAAUGGAACACGCAGACGCUCACAUAAUUCUGUAACAUAUACCUAUACAGGACCCACCACAGUUAUUGGAAGCAGCCACGCCUUUGAAGACACAAAUACACACACAGAAGUGUAACCAAUCUCCUUGCCAUUGAUUCAUGUGUAUGAUUGUUUGUAAGGUUGCUAGGACGCCAUUUUUUUUUGUCUGAACACUGAUUGGCUGUCUGCUUGUGUGACCCAACUUGAUCCACUUGAGAUCAACAAUUAUGACUUGGUCACAUAUUACGAAAGAUCGCGGCGGUGCUUGUGUGUACACACACACACACACAAACACACACCAACGCUUCAGUUGUUUAAUGCAAACAGAUGCUUUUUAAAAUUCUUGUCUUCUAGAAUGAAAGUUUAUUUAAUUUUUUUUUCAAACCAAAUCAAUUUGGACGAAACAACAACGAUCCCCAUUUAAAUCUACAAAUAUAACUGCCUGAUCGAGUGGUAUGCGCUCUGGACUGUUAUUCGGUGGCCUCGAUUGUCCCUGGUUCGAAACCUGCCCGCUACCAUCCCCCGUUGUCCUACUGGAGGCUUUAGCUAGGACGUCACUAUUUCAAAUCUGAGGAAACAUUCGAAGCAUGUCAAUUAUUUUACAGAAAUCCGAAGCAUGUCAAUUAUUGUACAAACAUCCGAAGCAUGUCAAUUAUUGUGCAAACAUCCGAAGCAUGUCAACUAUUUUACAAACAUCGGAAGCAUGUCAAUUAUUUUAUAAACAUGCGAAGCAUGCCAAUUAUUUUACAAACAUCCGAAGCAUGUCAAUUAUUUUACAAACAUGCGAAUCCAACCUUUUCAUCUUCCUCUAGUCGCUUAUUGCUGCCUAGCUGUAGGAUCUUAUGCAGUCUUUGCCAUUGCAAAGUAGCGGACUGUUAUUUGUUCAUCUCUCCGCUCUGCCACACAGAAUGUUGGUUAUACUAGAUUGUUGAGCUAAUAGACUUUUGGGACUUUUUAAGUGGGUACGAUGGGUAAAGGAUGGAAGCGUGGUUUGCAGUGGGGUGGGGUGGGGCACUUAUUCUGUUAGUGUAAAUGUAAACCACUACGCUUUACAUCAAUCACGAAUUGGGUGAAGUAUUACGAUAUACAUUUUAAAGUCUCGGGUUUGGUCCCGGGUUUAGAUCCAAAAGGGUACGUGGCUUUAACCUUCUUGAGAGAACCUUGACCUGACUGAAUAAGUGAGCAGAGGUGAAAAAGUGUUCUCCCCAUGGAAUCUGUUAGUCACAUAAAAGAAAAUGCCACUCGCCCCAGAAACAGAUGGCUACUCAGUGUGAUGGUAAAGAAAUUCAGUGAAAUCUGGCAUCAAACUUCUUGGUAUAAAAGUUUGAAUUAUCAAUUUAUGUAUAAACCAAACUAUAGGGACUGAUACAAGUAAGCUAAUUGGUUAGUCGCAGAAGUUUCCAUGAGUCACACAGCUUCAUCUCGCCAACAUUUUCGAAUGUUUCCAGCGCCAUCUUCUCCCCUAAUCGUCUGGUAGUUUCUCUCACACCUCGCUGUCCAGUUGAACUGAUUAGGCAAGGUCAAGGACAGCCAUAUUGUGCAAAUUAUCUAUUGCUUAAGAUUACAAUUAGAAAACUAAAAGUCGCAUAGGUUUCUCUGUAUUCACGAUAUAAUAUAUACAUAACACAAUGAGAGCUCGUAAACUAAAUAAAAAAAAGGUGCAUGAGGUCCAUUGUAUUAGUUAAUAAAAUUCACUUUUUUUUUUCAAUUCUACAUAUUGAAAGACUAAAACAAAGUGGCUUAUGUAAAUAAACGUAUGAAUGUGGAAUCGUUGUAUUCGUUUUAUUGACUGCAAUGCGAAAGAUCUGUUUUUACUUGGGGAUUUAUGUUCGGAGUUGUCUAUCUUGUUAAGUUGUGAUAUAAAUAAAUACUCAAGCAAUCUGUGCAAUGAAUGUGUGUAGUUCCAGGAAUGUCUACACGCAGGUAACCUCACACACUACCUUUGCAAUUAAUACAACUGAUUCUUCCGGGUCUGUAAUGAACUAUUGUUUGGAUAUUUAAAUUUCCAUAACCAUUUUUUACCCUUUCGCUUCCAGUGUAAGUAUCUCAUCAGCAAACGUUAUUAGUAGCCUACUACUUAAUAACGUAGUUUCCUCUAAUGCUGCUUACUGCUGAACUCACAAUAAUGGGAGACAUUGAAAAUAAAUUAUUAGAUUGUAAUAGAAUACAUUUGGAACAAGGGUUUAAUUUACCUACAAUCAACACAAGCUAAAGCUUAGGACCCCCGACAAAUAUUUAGGGUUGACGUAUAAUAUCUGUUCUUAUAUAGGGCAUCUUCACAUCUUUAAGGGCCUUUUCAAGUCUAAUUCAGUCAUUUUUCCGAACUGGUAACCAAAAUGUCAGCCACUCUGUUUAAAUAAAAAAGGAAUUCCUUAUAGAAUGAUGUUUAAAAAAAAACGGAAAUUAGAAGGUAGACCAGUAUCCUUCCUAAUGCUUACUGCUCAAAUUAACCUAAAAACUACGUUUGCACUAGGUCUAGUUACUAUUUACCAGCCUAGGAUAGGCGCACGACCAGACCUUUUACAAGUUUUCUUUAAUAAUAUUAUUGUUAUUAAAAAUACAUUUUUUCGGUCAAUUUAAUAUGACAAUUUGAACAGCAAUAAAAAGAGAUACAUCUUAGAUGCAUUUACAGAGAUUUUUAAACAAAAGAAAUUGCAUGCAGUUUUAAAAUAUUUCAUAUUUGAAUAAAGCUCCUAAAAAGGAUUUUCUUUUUCUCGUGAAUGCCCAUAUUAAUGAAUAGAUUGUCUUUGUUGUGGGGGUGGUGGUAAAACAGGUGGGGAAGUUUAUCAAACUUUAAAAAGUCAUGUGAGGCUUUGAGUUUGGACCUCACCCUUAUGUAGUAGUAGUCCAGAAGACUUAACACUACUCCAUCCCUGGAAACUUAUGUUCAAUAAUUUUGUAUUGGCUGGUGUCCUUUUGUUUUUAGUUUUGUAACUAUCAUGCUAUUUAACUGGAACUGUUUGUGUGUAACACGCAGAGAGAGAGAGAGAGAGAGAGAGAGAGAGAGAGAGAGGAAUGCUCAUUACAGUACAAAGAAUGAUACGAGUGAAAGAGAAAGUGAUAUCCCGUGAUAAUGAUAUGACCAAGAUUUUGAUCAGUGGCGUUACGAUAUAUAGACUAUGUUCUUAACUUCACUGCUUCGCCACACAUGAAUACACUGACCUAUUUAUCUCCGAUCAUUGAUAUCAGUAUAUUUAUUACUUUGUUUCAUUGUUAUUUAAAACCAUACAUAUUUAUCAUUUGUUAUAUUUACGAAAUAAUGCUCUAAAUGUUUUAUAAACUUACUAUAUUUUCGACCAGUCAACUCCUCACAAUCAAACAACAUGCCCAUGUGAUUGGGGGGGGGGGGGGACCUGACCAUAGAUUGGACUCAUCAUGUUCGUGUUGAAUUACUUGACCUUAACCUUUGUCACCUGGUGUGACUGUCUCUGUCAGAGGUCAUUUUUAUUGUAGAGUUUCAUGUCUGGCGGGACAACUAUAAAUAGCUCGCAUUGUUUCGGUGUCUCCGGUGUACAAACUAAAGGACGCGCUGAGAAGUUUUGUGUGUUUUUUGAAAGGUAUAAGAGAAUAUUUGUGCACUUUUUAGCUCUGCUAUUGUAAUUUUCUAAGCUCUUCUUUUUGUAGUAUAACAAUAAGCUCAAUAAGGAUGGCGCAUUAGACUUUGAAUCUAUGAUUUCGAACUUAUAACAACAAAUGGACAUCUUAAAAACAAAUGGAGAUCUAACUAGCGGCAGUAAAGGACAUUAAGGAAGACCCAUUGCCACGCAUUGAGAUAUUGUUAAAACAAGAGCUCAAUUCUUUUUUUUUUUAUUUGGCAAAAGUAAAGUUUUAGCGUCCUGGGCAUAGUUUAGUUCAUUGUGAAAAUCUCCACUAUCACACGGUUGCAAGAUUUACUAUUCAAACCCAUUGUCACAUAUAUCUGAUUUUACAACAAAUGUUACACAUCUGUCUCACAAAUUUACUUAUACUUUUUGUUUCAAAGUUGUUUUUUGUUUUUUUUCAUGUUUUGUUUUAAUUGCUUAAUUUUUUAAUUUACAAGACAAGAAAAUAUACAUUUGAACUAAUUCCUCGAAUUCAAAGUAAGCAGAGUUAUAUUUAGACAUAAACUCAAAAAAUAACGGAUACUAUUGAGUUUAUACAUUGACUCUGUUUACUAAUAAUUAAAAAUACAGUAUAUCUACCAUAGGUUAUAUAAAAGGAUGACAGUUUAGUCUUAGCAUCCCUUGUAAGGUUGCUGGAAAGUUUGUUUAUAUUACGAUUUUGUGUACAAAUGCUCCUUCUUCCCUAAUGCUAUUAGAGUAUGGAAUGGGUUGCCUGAGUCAGCCAGGAAAGCCAAUGAUUUGGCAAAAUUUAAGUCAUUGAUUAACAGGCAAGACUAGAUUGACCUAGGGACAGAUUAGAACGUAAUCAUCUUUUUUGAAGUACAGUCUGUAUUUUAUAAGAUACAAUAAGUUUGGCCUGUUACCGACCACUUGGUUUGUUAAUCGAUUCUGUCAUUCUCAGGCUUAGGUUUCCUUACAAAUCAUACAACAAUAAACACAAACUUAUGACAUAGUUUAAGGAAAUACACAUGUCCUUUUUUUUUUUUUUUUUAGAAAACCUCAGAAUUUGUGCAAUUCAAUUUUAGCUUUGUCAUCAUAGGAAUCCUUGGCCUCUUUUUUUUUUUUAUUAAAUUUUUAUUUGUGAGUUCUCACAUUUCACAAAUAUUAAAUCAUUAUGUGAAUGGUAUUUAUUUUGUGUGGAAAAUUAAAAUCACUUUUACUUGGCAAAAUAUAAAAUGAAAUUAUUGUUUGUUUUUUGGUUGGCAAUAAAAUGAAAGAUAUUUUUUAUGAAACAAACAUUUUUUUCAAUGCCUUUUUUUCCCUACAUGAAAUAUUGAUUGUUAUGCGUGUUUGUAAUUUCUGUUGGUUUUGUUUCUGUAUGUGUGUAAAUGUAUGCGUGGCAUGGUUUGUGUCUUGUUGGUGUCCUUUGACACAGGACAUAACUUAUAGUUUUAUUUUAACAUUCUACAUAUUUUAGAUUAUUAUCACUAAAUGCCCCAUAGUUAUGUCUCUUUGUUUUAUUCACUGAUUCAUUGACGAGGGUGUGUAUUUCGUUUUUUACUUGACAUAUUACUGGCAAGUCAUUUAUGAACAAUAAACAUGUACU